GAAUCGACUGGUAUGGAAUAUCGCAAGAACCAGAAACAAAUGCACUCAUAUCAGUUGGUUCUAUUCGAGCACCAGAGUUAUUCAAAGAUUGGAUUUUCACCGAAGGAGGCAAUAUAUACUCAUUUGGCUUAAUAAUGUAUCAUCUCUCAUCACCAUUUAUGAAAGAUAUCCAUGAGGAUUCAAAUUUAGACAUUACAUCCGAAGGUGCACCAAAAUCCUAUGUUACAUUGAUGAAUAAAUGCUUAAGCAAUGAUCCAACUUUACGUCCUACAAUAACGCAAAUUGUUAAUACGUUAGGUGGAUGGUACCUUGAAGUGGAGCGAAAUAUUGAUACACCGAUUGUUAUUGAAUUUCGAAUAGCUGAUGAAUUCGAUCCGGAUGCAUUACCUCUUAUGGGCGAAGAUAUUUCUGUAAGAUCUCUUUUAUCAACCAUCCGUAAACUCGGUGUUGAUUUAAUCGAUAUUAACCAAUUCACUGAUCGAAAAUAUAUUGGAGAAGGUGGUUUUGGUUCUGUUGAAAAAGCUUUAUGGAGACGAACAAAUAAGUACAUUAUUUUGAAAAGGAUUAAAAAUAUUUCAGCGAUUAAUUACAGAGAACAUAAAGCGUUUAUUCAUGAAUUGAAGAUACAUAUUCGACUUGACCUAAUGGACAGAAUUGUGAGAAUGUUUGGAUGA